UCCUUAACCCAGGUUAUCAACAUAAGAAGACUUCUAAAAUACAAAUGGAGGAUUUUGAAUGAAUGAUGGCAGAUAGGACUGCUCCCAUGAUAGCCUCUGCGCCAAAUCACUCACCAACUAAUCUCACCACUUCCCUAUGGGAUCCCAAUCCUACAGUUCCUGCCGAUGUCGGCGUCGUCACAAGCUCCCAGUCUCAGAUCAAAGACCUUUUUGGGUUGUUCUGCAUGGUGACCCUUAACCUCAUUGCUUUGGUGGCGAACACUGGUGUGAUGGUGGCCAUUGCCCGUGCUCCUCACCUGAAGAGGUUUGCCUUUGUGUGUCACCUUUGUGCAGUAGACCUGCUGUGUGCCAUCCUCCUCAUGCCUUUGGGUAUUAUAUCCAGCUCAGCGUUUUUUGGCACUGUGGUAUUUACUGUUCUGGAGUGUCAGGUUUACAUUUUCCUCAAUGUUUUCCUCAUCUGUCUCUCCAUUCUCACCAUCACAGCUAUCAGUGUGGAGCGUUACUUCUAUAUCGUACACCCCAUGCGCUACGAAGUCAAGAUGACCAUCAACCUUGCUAUUGGUGUUAUGCUCCUAAUCUGGGUCAAGUCCGUCCUCUUAGCUUUGAUCACGCUGUUUGGAUGGCCAUCUUAUGGCCAUCAUAGUUCUAUUGCUGCAGCUCACUGCUCUCUUCAUGCGAGCCACAGUCGUAUAAGAAGUGUAUUUUCUGUGUUCUUCAGCGUGGUUUGUUUCCUGGUUCCUGCAGUGGUUAUCUUUGCCGUCUACGGUUCCGUGUACAAGGUAGCUCGUUCUGCAGCCCUGCAGCAAGUCCCUGUUGUGCCAACAUGGGCAAAUGCAAACCUUGCUAAGAACCGCUCAGACUCCAUCAACAGCCAGACCACCAUGAUCACCACCACCCGUACUCUGCCCCAAAGACUAUCUCCAGAAAGGGCCUUCAGUGGAGGAAAGGCUGCCCUUACUUUGGUAUUAAUUGUCGGUCAGUUCUUUGCUUGUUGGUUGCCCUACUUCAUUUUCCACCUGCAAAUGUCUCUGACUGGCUCCAUGCACAGCCCCGGGGAUUUAGAAGAGGCAGUCACCUGGCUGGCCUACUCCUCCUUUGCAGUUAACCCGUUCUUCUACGGCCUGUUAAACAGGCAGAUCAGAGAAGAACUGGUCAAGUUUCGGCGCUGCUGCUUGACCCAGCCGUCGGAUAUUGGGACAUCCAGCCAUGAGGGCUCCCUUCAGGAGAACUUCCUCCAGUUCAUCCAGAGAAACAUCAGCACAGCUGAAACCACAUCCAGCACGGCCAACUCCCGUCCCAAAAACACUUUGGAUCCGGGCAUAAAGAUCCCUGGACAAAUACCUGAGGAGCACGCUUAGACAUUGACCAACAGGAGUUAUGGACCAAAGUGCUCAAAUCUAGAUCAUGGCUGGUUUUUUGUAAGCAGGCCAUUUUUUCCUAACAAAUAGGUUCACAUCACAAGUCUUCAAGUCUUUUAAAACAAUACUGACAUGCCCAUGUGUUUAUUUUAGUGCUGUGAAAAAUAACGCGUUAACUCAGUUAAUUAAAUUACAGGAUGAAUUAGUUUUGUUUUUUUAACGCAUUUAAUGCAUGCGCAGAAUGAGCUUCCAAUCCGUCUGUUGUUGGCCAUCUCGAACCAGCAGCAUGUCAUUCUGUCUCUACGUGUCGCGUUAACACGACUCCGAUCUCCGUCUUGCGCGCCGCAGAGCUCGGAUGCCGGCGUGGGCGCGCACAUCGGGAUGAAAAAAGUCAUUUGCACAGCAACAACUAAUGUGAAUAAUCCACAUACGGCCAUAUCAGUAUUGUUUUAGGAUGGACUUGAACAAAUGUGACCCUAUACUUUAAAUAUGGUUCAUCUUGCCCAUUAUUAUGCCCAGUGCCUUUUAUUUUCUGAUUAUGGGAGGAUUUCUCAUUUUAGGUCAAGAUGCAAUGGUUGUACUGUGACAAGAAAUAUUGAUAAAUGUCCCCCUGUGCAUAUUUUCCAUUCAUACUAUAAUUGAUCUGUUAGUUUAUAAUUGUGAAAAGGUCUUGAUAAAUAUGUUCAUGUUUAUUCCAAGUAAACACAAGUUGGUUUAACGCUAUCAUAUUUUGCAUGUCAAUAACUAUGUAUAUUCAAACAUUGGAGACUGAGUCUGUUGAAAAAAGGUUAUUAUUGGAGGUAAAUGCAGCCCAUGAGUGAGUGGAAUAACUAACACGGUGGCUUCUGCAGUGUGACAAGCUCUCAUGAAUCUGAGGGACAAUAACCCAGAGUUCCUGUGUGCAACUGAUAUGCUGAUAGACGGUGAAUGUCAUCUGCCCCUGUCGUCAUGGAAAUUGAGUGAGCCUGUGACUCACAUAGCAACA